UUCUCCAGACCCUGAAUGUGAGCACAGUGAAGGCUCUAUUGGGGGUAAACAUGGCUGAUCUGAAGCUAUUUGAGAACUCCUCAGCCAUUCAAUCCUGGGUGUCACAACAAAACCAAUCUGAUUUGGACACACUGACUCUUGGCCUCAUCAACCGCAACCCUUGUUAUGGUGUUAACAGUUACCCACUUUCUAAAGAUUUUGCAUCUGGAAACAUUUCUGCAGUACUGUGCAACUUCAACAUUUCUGAUUAUGCAUGUUCAUCAGGUGUUGUAUUGUCCUCUGAUGAUCUGCUCACAUUGUUAACAUGCAAACUGCAAAAUAACCUGACCUACUCUAAAGAUCUUUGGAAGCAUUUCUUCCAGAAUUUUGCUGGAUCAUUGGAGAAUGCACUGGACAGGUUUUCAAGCAUAACCAACAGCAGCAUUCAAUUCAACCCAAAUAUGCUUGAUGCCAUUGGGGAGGUGAUAAUCAAGGACUUCACAGCAGCACAGUUAACGAAUGCUACUUUCAUAAGCAAGUGGUUCCAGAUAAGGCUCAGACUAUUUUUGUCAUCAGUGUCCACAGACUUUCUGUUCAGCAUCAGUUCCAAAACCUUCAGCUGUGAGACAUACCAAAUUGUGGUGGAGGCUCUCGGUAGUCAGGAAUCACUUAUGACAAAGAAACAGAAGCAGUGGGUCUUUACUUCAUUCAUCUUUCCCUUCCUGUCAAGAGUUGACUUGCCAGAUCCUGGCUGUUUUUCCAACACUUCUGGCAGCAAUGACUGGUUUGAAAAGAACCUUGGCAAUUUCAGCAAUUAUGCCACCUUAAAGGAGCUCCAAAUUCUAAAUGCUAAUUUCUCCAGUGUUGCAGUGUUUGGUUUACUGUCCAGUGAGCAGAAAGCUGAGUUCAUUUUGCAGCCAGAUGCAGGAGUGUUGGGAAAUGACUCUGUGUUUAGAGAGGUGUUUGGCCGUAUGAUCACAUCUUUAGAUCUGAAUCAACUUGUCAGCUUCUUCACAGCCUUCAGCCAGAUUGCAAUACAAAUGAACAUGACUAGCAUUCCUUCAGCAACAUCAGACACCAUUCUGAACAUAACGUUAAUGAAUCUGGCGCCUCACUUCCAAAGUUUCAGCUCGAAGGACUUUGCACUGUGGUUCCAGACUUACCUUUCCAUCUUCCUUCCUGUGACUGGUCCAAGCACCCUGUCGAUCAUCCCCAUGAACAUCAGCUGUAACUCCUACAGAGAGAUAGUGAAAGGCCUUAAUAAUGUGUACAGUAACCUCUCUGUAACACAGUCCAACACUAUCUUCAGUUACAUACAAGACUAUCUGAAGUACCAGUCCAGCCAAGGCUUGAGCUGCUAUGGCAGUGGGAGCUUCUACAUGUUCCUGAAACAGUUGUUCCUCAGUUUUGGAUUCCCUGACCUAAAUGAUUUCCUGUCCCUUAUUCCGGCUGAUCGACAGGCAGAGAUUUUGAGCUCCAUCUCAACGGAAGAACUCAGCGAGUAUCUGAAAAGCACAAACCCAGUGAUUAAUGGUUCUGAACUCUGCACACUACUUAACAAUUACAACAGAACCACUCAGUACCUGGAGAUGGAGCCUGUUUUGUCCUCAGCUCUGGCCAGCCGAACAUUAGAGUGUGUGUGGCCUCGUGCAUAG